AUGAGUAAUAUAAAUCGUGAGCAGUGCGUAUCUAAACUUUAAGGACAUUUGAAAGGGGCCACAGCCACUAUUCAAGGUAAUAAUAGUUAAGAAAUAAACUAGAGAUUGAAGAACUCUUGAUGAAUUAAGAACAUAUUAUUUGGUAAUAAGCUAGAGAGAUAGAAGAACUUCGUAGAAGAUUAAAGCAAUUAGAAAGUUUAGAUUUUCAAAAUGAAUAAGUUUUACAUUUGUAGAACAUCAAUGUUUAACUUAAGACAUAAAUUGAGUUUUUAAGGAGUUAAAUUCAAGAGAAAGAUGCAAUGAUUGCUUAAUUUACAUCUAAGCCAGUAUAAGCAGCAUCACCAGAAAUACUAGCUGCAUAACAACAAUUGAUUCAAUAAAACUUAUAACUACAAAAUAUUAUAGGAGAUCUUCAAAAUCAAAUUUUAAAUAAGGAUGCUGUCAUCGGUUAAUUAAAGACUUAGGAAAGCACUUUAGAUUAAUUGAUAGGAUAACUUUAAUCAAAUAUAUAAUCUAAACGAAAUAAAGUAGGAGUAGCACAACAAGGAAAUGAAACAUUAAGUGUACUGAAUGAAUUAUAAUAAUAUCCAGAAGCAUUAUAAGAUGUGAUUGAAAGGAUCAUACAAGAAUAUAGAAGAAUGCAAUUUCUAAUAGAGGAGAAAGAUAUCGAAAUUUAAAAUUUGAAAUCUCGCCUUUAACUCUAACAGCAAAAGGCAAAUGACUCUAUUUCUGAAAUAAAAAAAAGAGAUAUAUCUCCUAUUAGAUCAGAUUAAGCCUUAGAUUUAGCAAAAUAAACAGCUACAAUGGAUGAUAUGAUAAAUGAUUUGGAGAGAAAGUUAAUGUCAUAAGACAAUAGGAAAAAAGAAUUAUAAGCUAAAUUAUUGGAAGUGGGAACUUAAAAUGUGGAAUUGGAGAAAUAAUUAUUAUAAUCAAAAGAUCAAUUACCAAAGAAUGUUGAUGAAUUAAUUAAAUAAAAUUUAGAUGUCAAUGAUAAAAUUAAAGAAUUAUAAAAAUCAUUGCUCUAAAAAUAAAAUGAGUUAGAUCAAAUAUAAAAAUAAAAUAAUACUAUUAAUGAUAAUUAAUAAUAAUUAUAAUCAUAAAAUAAUUUAAAUAAAUAAGAUAAUUAAGUUGAGAAAUUAAAUACAAAUAAUGUUGAUGAUUUAGUUAUAGAAAAUUAACAAUUAGAAGAUUUAAUUUUGGAAUUAUAAUAGAAAUUAGUAGAUAAACAAGCUUAAAAAGAAGAAAUAGAGAAUGAGAUUUAGAAAUUAAAUAUUCCAGCUUUAUAAUAAAACUUAAAAGAUUUAUAGAAAUAACAUUCUCUAUUAGAAACUGAUAAUAAAAACUUCAAAAAUGAAAUUUAAUAAUUGUAAGAAGAUAUUAAUUAAAAUAAAGAUAAAUAAUAAUAACUACUUCAAGAGAAUAAAGUAUUACAAGAUUAAAAUAAUCAAACUUAAUCAGAGAUAAAACAGUAGGAAGAAAAAUUAACUUAAUUGCACGAUUAAAAAAAUAAAAAUCUUACUAAAAUAAAUAAUGAUGAUUUCUAAAAACUUUAAGAUAAAUUUAAUUAGACAGAAGAAAAUAAUAAAAUUUUAGAACAAUUAGUUUAAUAAUUAAAUGAAGAAUUAAGAAUAUAAUAAUAAGAUAAUCAACCCUUAAAAGAAGAAUUAUCUAAUAUUAAAAAUAAAUUACAAAAUACUUAAUAGGACAAUUCAGAAUUAGAAAAACAAAUUUAAUAACUAGAAGAUUAAUUAAACAACUUCAAAAAAGAAUAAUUGUAGACUAAAGAAUCUGUAAAACCUAGUUAUAGUAAAUCAGCUGAAUAAUAAAGGACAAAUCCUAUUGAAAAAUUUAGAGAACCAUUUUAACAUAUGGUGGAUAAUGAAGAAUUUUCAUUUGAUUUAGGAAGUUUAAAUUAAUAAGACAUUUCAUAAUAAGAAGUCACAAGUUCACCUGAAAAUCUUAAAUAAUCAUAAUUUGCUAAAAAUAAAACUUAAGAUGGUAAGUUUAUUACUAUUCCUUUGGAUAUAAUUAAAAAUUAUGAAUAUUUGAUUAGAGAAAAAGAAAAUGAAAUUGAUGAUCUCAAGAAUGAACUUGCUAAUUAAGGUGUUCAAAAUAUACCUCUUAAUUUCUAAACUGGAAAUAUGGGAUCUAAUUAAUAAGAUAAUAUUAACUUUUAAUUACAAGCUUCAGUUCCUAAUCAGAAUAAUGAAUAGAAUCCAGAAGAUUAAGGAAUCACAAUUGAAUAAUUGUAAAAGACAAUAAAAACAAAAGAUGAUCACAUAUAGAUGCUAUUAGAAUAGAUUGAAGAAUUGAAAUAAUUUGGUUCCUUAUCUGAAGAAUAAUAAAAGUAAAAAUUGGAAGGAAAUUAAAGAAAGUCUGAUGAUCUUGUUAGGUAAAAUAUGGAAAUUGCAGAUAUUAUAAUUGAUUUAGAAAGUAAAUUAGCAAAUAGGAAGAUAGAAAAUGAAGAGUUAAAGAAAUAAUUGGAAGAAGCUAAUAAAGAGUAUAAUGAUCAAUAAAAGAGAGCGAAAAUGUAUGAACUUUAUAUGUUAAACAAAGAAUUAGAUGAAGAAGUUUCUUUAUCUCCAAAAUUAUCUUAAGAGGAGCCUUUGUAUGAUUAAUUACCAUAGUUAAACUAAUAAGCUUCAGAAUAGGAGUAACCUGAAGAUCAAUAAAAUCAAUUUAAAAAGUUAACUAUUAAAGAUAAAUAUGAAAAAAAGAUAAAAGAUCUUUAAAAGGAAAAUUAAAAAUUAAUUGAUUAAAUAAAAUAAUAAAAAGGAUCAUCAUAAUAGAAACAAUAAUAAGGAGAUGAUAUUUAGUCUAAAUAAUCUCAUCCUACAGUAUAAAAUGAAAAUUUACAAUCUGAAUAAGUUUAAAAUUAAUAAUUGCCUGAAUUUAUUGAUUCUAAGAAAAAUCCUCAAAAUCUUCAAUAAUAAUAUGAGAAAAGUUUAGAGAAACAAGCAGACUUGAUUUAAGAAGUUUAAACACUUUAAGAUAUUAUAGAGAAUCUUGAAUAAAAGGUUUAAUCAAAGAAAGAAGUUAAGGAUAAAUUGGAGGGAUAAUUGAAUGCUUUAGAGAAAAAGAUUGAAUCAUCACAAUAAGAUCCUUAUUUAUAGGAAUCUGCAACUAUGGCAAGUACUACCAAAUUGGAUUAGGAAGCCUUAUAAAGAUAAUAUGAUUAAGAAGUGUAAAUUUCAAGAUUGAAAGACUAAUUGGCAGAUAAAGAAAAUAAGCUUGCUUAAAUGACUAUUUUGAGAGACUUGUUGAAAGAAAAAGAAGAUGAACUUAAAUCUUAUAAGGAAUUAGUACCUUCAAUAUAAGAAUAUUAAAAUGAAUAGUUCUUACAUUAAUAAGAAGAAUUAGUAAAUACAGAAUUACGUAAAGAUAUAUAAAGAUUAGAAGAUUAGUUAGAUAAUCAAAUUAAACUUAAUAGGGAGUUAUAAUAAAGAAUGGACAAUUAACAUGAGUAAGCUUCUUAAUUGUCAUAAAAAAUAAGAGAUUCUAUUCAUGAUUCUAAUUCAUCAAAUUCUUAAAUUAAGGACAAUAGACAAAGACUUAUAGAGAAAUAAUAAAAGGCAGAUGAAUUAGUUAGAGAACAUUUAAGUUUAGAUGAUUUAAUUGAAGAAUUGGAAAAGAAACUUGUAGAAAAGAAUGAUUAUAAAGAUUAAUUAAUUAAUUAAUUAUAAGAAGGAAUAAAAUCAGUAGUAUAAUCUAAAACAAAUGAAUAACCUAAAGAAUAAUAAGUAUAACCAAAUUAAGUAUUCAUAAAAUAAUAGAAUUAAGCAUAAAUAGUUGAACCUAUCUAAGAAAUAAGUGAGGUUUAAUAAGUUAUAAGCAAUAAUGAGGAUUAAAUUUCAAUUCCUUUGUAAACUGGAUAAAUUCUAUAAGAAUUGGAUGGAGAUAUUUAAAAGUAAGAAAUAAAGGAACCAAAUCCUUCUGAAUAAUAAUCCCACUUAUUACAUCCAGCAAAAUCAUAACCUGUCUUUGCUCAAAUAGAUGAGGAUUCUGGACCUAAGCUUUAAUAAGUCAAAUCAACUUAAGGAUUUGCUUCUCCUUAAGAAUUAUUGAGUAAAGAGGGUAUAGAUGGGAAAAAGUUAUAAGAGGUUUGGGAUUUGUUAAAGAGUAAUAGUGAUGCAGACAGAAGGAUAUAAGAAUUGAGAGAUGCAUUAUCAAGAAAAAACAAGAGAAAAGAAUAAUUGGAAGGUGUUUAUAAUAAAGAUUAAGAAUUAGUAAGUUAGAGAGUAUCAGAUAGUGUUAAUGAGAAGAAAUAAUUAUAAGAUUAAUUGCAUUAAAAAAAUUUAUAAAUUGCUGCUUUGAAUGAUGAAUUAUCAAAAUUAUAAUAAAAAGUAUUUGAGAAGGAGAAGGCGAUUGAUGAAAAAGAUAGAGAGUUUAGAAAUAGUUAAUUAAUCAAAACAUAUUAAGAUAAUUGUGAUAAAGCUGAUGAAUUAAUUAGAAAGAAUAUUUAGAUAGAAGAAACUUUGAAUAAUUUAGAAGUAAAAUUAGCAGAGAAAUAAUAAAAAGUGAAAGAUCUUGAAUUAUAAAUAGGAGCAGAUUCUAGUAUUUCGAAUAUACAGGAGCAAAGAGAAAGUGGAAUGAUUAUUAAAUCUUAUGAUUAAGAGCAGGAUACAUAAUUACAAUAAUAGGAAUAAGUACUUUAAGGAUAUAGCAUGAAUAUAGAUUAAUUAAAAAAUAAGAUUGAAUAAUUAAGCAGUGAAUUAGCUGAAAGAGAUAAGUCUAAUUUAGAAUUAAGAAAUUAAGUAGCUGAUUUAAAGAAAUAGAUUCAUGGAUAUUAAUUAGCUUAAUAAGAUGUGAAAGUAAUCAAAAAGUAAAAUAAAUAAUUAUAGGAUGAGAUUUAAGCUUUGGUUUAAGAGAAUUUAAAUUAUGAAGAUUUGAUUAGGGAUUCAUAAUAUAAAUUAUAAGAGAAAAAAUCAAAAGUAAAAGAAUUAGAUAUGGAAAUUAAGAAUGCAGAAAUACAAAUUUAAGUUGAAAAAUAAAAUAAAGAAAAUUAAAUACUUUAAUAAAAGAUUUAAUAGACAGAUGAAUUAAUUAAGAAGAAUUUAGAAUUAGAUGAAGCAUUAACAAAUUUGGAAUUGAGAAUAUUAGAUAAAUAAUAACAGUUAUCAUAAAAAGAGACUAGAUUAUCUAAUUAGAAUUCAAGAAUUUUGUAAUAACCAAUGUAUAUUUAUUAAGAAGAUUCAGAUGAUAAGGCUAGUAAUAUAAGAACAGAAUCAUCUCCAAGAGCUUAAAAUUAACAUCCUUUGAUAUAAGAACAUAAUAAUAAUUUAAGUGAAUUGACUAGUUCUAUUAAUCAAAUGUAAGAGUAGGUGAGAUAAUUGAGUAUUGAUGAUAGUGAGCUUGAUUUUUAUUUAUAAUAGAAGAAAGAGAAGUAAUUAGAAAUAGAUUCAUUAAAAUAAUAAUUAUUUUAAUAGAAUGAAAUGAUGAAAGAUUUAAAAUAAGAGUAAAUUGAAAGACAACAAUAAAUUGAAUAAAUUAAGAAAGAGAACUCUAAUUUUGAUGAAUUAAUGGAGGAAUUAUAAUAGAGUUAGAAAUAAAUGAUUGAAUAAGAAAUUUAGAAGAAGGAAUAUAAUUAACCAUAAGAGAUUGGAGGUUCAGAAUAAAGUGAAAUAAUAAAAACUAAAUCAGAGAAUUUAGAAUUGAGUAAGAAACUUCAUGAUUUGAAAUAGUCUUAGAAAUAAUUAAAGAAUCAAAUUGCUAAUUAUGAUUCUUUAAUUAUAGAUCUUGAAACAAUUGUUGCAGAUAAGAAAAAUGAUAUUUAGAGAUUGAAUAAAGAUAAUUAAUUAUAUUAACAAUAGAAUAGAAAGUAAAAAGGAAGAAGGGAUUUAUUACAUAAAGAAUAAAAUAAUUUAUAAUAUCAACUUAAACUUUUAGAGCCUCAACUUUAAGAAUUGUAGUAAAAUGAAAAAUAAUUAUAAGAAUCAGUUACUUAAUGUGAAUAAAAAUUAAUAGAUUUAAAUGACAAAUAAUAAUAAUUAGAGAAUUAAAUUAAUUAGAAACAGUAAAUAACUUCUGCUUUAGAAUUGUAAUUAUCAACUCUUAAUCAAGAAAUUCUAUAAUAAAAAGAUAAAAAGCAACAAUUAGAUUCAGAAUUAAAUUAAUUAAGAGAUGAAAAUUAAGGAAUCGAAUAAGAAGUUAAAAUAUAUAAAAAUCUAACUAUUGAAGAUAUUACUUUGAAUGAAUAAAUAGAUGCUCUUACUAAAUAGAUUUAUGAAGAUAAACAAACUUAUGAGACUUUAUAAGAUGAAUAAAAAGCUACAUAAGAGUAAAUAAAUUUGUUAUUGCCUUAAAACAAAGAAAUUGAUGAAUUAAAAGAGACAGUUAAAUUGUAAUAUGCAUAAAAUGUAGAGGCUUUAAAUAAUUUAUAAUAAGAAUUGUAAUAAAAGAUUGAAUAAAAGAAUAAAGUAUUUUAAGAUGUUUCAGAAACAGAAAAAUAUCUUGAAGAAAAUAAUCAUGUGUUCUAAGAUUUGAAUGAAAAGAAGACAAAUCUUGAAGAUUAAAUAAAGAAAGAAGAAGUCUUAGUGAAUGCAGUUAUUGCUAAAUCAAAAAGAUUAGCUGAAAAUUUAGAAUCUGAAAAAUAAAAUUAUAAUAUUCUUAAUGCUGAAUUAGAAGAUCUUUUAAAGAAGAAAUAAGUUUUAGAAGAGUAAUUGUAAAAGACUUAGGAUGAAAUUAAAAAAAUGCAAGCAGAUUAAGAAUAUUUAUUGCAAUAAUAAUAAUAAUUUAAAAACUUGAAAGAAUAGAUUGAUUAAUAUGAAAAAGAUAUAGAAAUUAAUCUUAAAAUAAUUCCAGAAAGGGAUGAACAAAUAUCAUAAUUGAAAUCAAUCAUUGAAAAGAAAGAUGAAAUCUUGAAUGUAACCUAGGAAUAAGCAGAUUAAUUAAAUAAACAAAUUGAUAAGUUAUUAUAAGAGAAGGAAUAGAAGGAAAGAUAGUUGGAGGAUUAAAGUAAGUUAAUAAAGGAUAUUGAAGAAUAAAUUAUAGAAAAAUAUUAGAGAGAAAAGGAUUUAAAGGAUUAAUUAGAUUCAAUAUAAUUGAGGGAUCUUGAGACUGAAUUAAAUGAGAAAAUGGAAUAAUCAAUGGCAUAAUAAGAGAUGUUAGAAUCGAUUGAGUAAUUGAAAAAUGAAGUUUAAAAAUUAAAAGAGUAAGAAUUAUAAGUGAAAUAAUAAAUUUAAGAAUAAGAAAAUUUAAAUAACAAUUAGAAAUAGGAACUUGAAUUUAAAUUAUUAGAGAAGAAUGAUUUAGAAUAAGAUCUUCAUUCAGCAUCAGCUUAAUUGGAUGAAAUGAAAUUUUAAUUAGAAGAAAAGAAUGAUUAAUUAGAUAAAUUAAAUGAUUAAUUUAAAAAGGUAGAUGAGGAUUCUAAGAUGAUGGAGGCUGUUCUUUAAUUGAAGGAGAAGGAAUUAAAAUAAUUAUAAAAAAAGAAAGAAAAUUUAAUUGAUGAAUUAGAGAAAAUAAAUAAUGAUGUUAAUGAGGUUUAGAAACAAUUAGUAACAUAAAGAAAGAAAUAAAGAUCAUUAGGUGCAGAACCUUAAUAAUAAGAUGAAGAUAUGGAAGAGGAUAUAUAAGAUAAGAUUACUUCUUUGAAUUCACGUAAUAAUAAUUUGAAGGAUGAUCUUUAGAAAUUAGUAGAAUAGAGUCCAGAUACAACUGAAAAGAAGGCUGAAGAAUAAUAGAUUAGUAAAAUUAUUCCUGUUUCAGUAUCAUAAUUUGCUCCAGAAAAAAUCUAAUAAACAUUAUAAGAUAGAGAUAAAAAAAUAGAAAUAUUAGAAAUGACUAUUUAGACAUUAUAAUAGUAAUAGCAUGAAAGAAAUAGUAUGAUUCCUUCUAUGUUUUAAUCUAAGAUGUCAGUUUAACCAAGUUUCUUUAUGGAUGAUGAUCCUUUAUUAUUGGAAUUGUAAGAUAAAUUCACUAAAGAAAGUGAAUUAUUGAAGGAUUUAUAGAAUAAAAUUAAAUAGACAGCAGAAAAUCAUUAUGCUUUAUCAUUAUAAUUAAAGGAAUGGGCUGAAAAGGAAAAUAGAUUAGCUUAAGAAUUAGAUUCAAGAAGAUAGAGUGUAGAAUAAAUAGAAUUUGAACUUUAAGCAAUCUUUACUAAAUAAUCAGAUUUAGAAUCUGAAAAGGUUUGUGUUUUAUAAAGAAUUUAUUAAUUAGAAAUAGAAACAUAAGAACUUUUUGAAUAAGAAGGUAAUACUAAGAAUAAAUUGAAAGAGAAGAAAGAUUAUUUAUAAAUAUUAUAUAAGAAUCUUGUUGAAAGUGAUUAAAAAUUAUUAUAAUUAAGAAAUAGAAUGGCUUUGUAUUCAUAAGAAGGAAGAUAAUUGGCUGAAUAAGUUGAGAAUUUAGAGAAUGAAAAAGAAAACAAAUUGUAAUAUUUAUAGGACAUUUAGGCAGACUUAGAACAUGUAGAGAUGGAAAAAUAAGAAAAACAAGCUUUAGUUUAAUCUAUAGCUAAAGAAAUAAGUGAAACUUAAUAAGAGAAAGAUAAAUUAGAAAUUUAAUAUGCUACAGUACAUAGCAAGAAUCAAUAAUUAAAGAGUUAAAUUGGAUUUGAAGAAGCACUUUAUUAAAAAUUACUUCAAGAAUUAGAAAUUGCUAAAAAGAGAGAAUAAACUAAAUUCUAAAAUUUAUUUUCAGAUGGUUUUACUUAAACUGAAUAUGAUUUAGAAUAAUUUGAAAGUUUAUCUAAUUGUACAUAAAUGUUCAAGAUUACUAAAGAAGAUGCAUUUUAAUUAAAAGAAAAUUGUAAAUAAAGAUUGAUAUAAAUAUAUACAAGUGAGAAUGCUAGCAUUUAAUAAACUAUUAGUUAAAAUAAACAUUUAAAGAAAAUGAUACAUUUACAAUAAAUGAUAAUUUAAAUAUAGGAGAAUGAAAAUUUAAAUUUAAUUGAAUAUUCAUCAAGAAGAUCAUCUAAAUUAGGAUUUAAAGUAUUAGAUGAAUCAAUUUAUAAUAUGAGAUUAGAAUUAGAAUAGGUAUAUUUAAUAUAUAUAUAUAUAUUUUAGAUUGAUUUUAUGAUGAAUAAAACUAAAUUAGUUGAAGUUUAAGUGAGUGAUCAUUAAAUUAUAAUAGGAGAUACAAAAAUAGCAAGAUAAUGGAUUAUAGAAAGAUAGUUUGAUUAUGACAAUUCCCUUUAUCCUCUUGGUGUUUUAAACAUUAUUUAUAAAGUAUAUUAUAUUCAAUAUAAAUUAGGUAUCACUCUAUUAAGUAAUUAAUAUUUCAUUAACAGGAACAAAGGUAUUAAACUUAUAUCAAUCUAUAUUGUGA